GUUGAGACUAUAGAUUAACUUUUGUAUCAUUGAUUGUGGCUUAUACUGUAACAUCACCUCAAGGCGUUCCCCAGGAUAGUCCAUGAAUGGUUGGGAUGUGUUGGAUGGUUGGAUAGUAAUGACAUGGGGAAGCUUCGGAGCCUGAUUGAUCUUCAGUGACGUCUCGUUAGUUUACCUUAGUUUGGUAUUCCAAUCUCACCUACCUACGCCUGCAUACCCCGUCUCUGCUCUGUUCUCCUCCGUCGGAUACAGUCCCCUUCUCUUGGGUCAAUCACUUUGUCUUAUUAUUCUUUCCCUGUCACUCGCUAAACCCUGCCUUUGCACCAACCAAAUUCUGACAGCUGAGGACGAGACUGAUUUAUUAUUGUUCUUCUCGUCAUCUCUGGACUACAGUCUCCAGUCUCCAGCCCAACAGACCUAAACCGCCCAGUCCGUCCGUCUCACACCGCAGGACGCGAGGCUCUACGUAUUGUUCUCUACCUUAGCUAGCUCAGACCCAAAUUUAGGACCCGACAAACAGACAGAUAUCUCAAGUGGAGGAGGAGGACUCAGGACCCUGUUUGCCUAGACCAGACUACGCUGUCCGUUCUGCCCUGUCACUGCCUGAGCAAGAGGGGCUUUCGCUUUAGUUUCGCUUCUCCCUCUCUCUAUCUCGCUCAGACAAUCCAAUCCCAAUUCCGCGCCCGCCGCUCUCGAGUCCGCCCAUCACACAUAUCCAGUCAAGCCAGUCCAGUCCAUCCACAUCCGUCUCCGACCCAAGAUCCAUUUUCUCCGCUGAGCUCAUUCGACUCGAAACCCGACCCGACCGCCUCGAUUUGUUUUUGCGCACAACAAAUCCGUCGCUCUUUUCCUUGCGCCUUACUCUGUCGGCGACAGCGUCAUCUUCAGCACCCGCAAUCCAUUAUUAUAUCCAUCGUCGACGUCCUCGACCCCUCAAUGCGACCCGCCCACGCUCAUCAACCCUCGCCGUCCUAUACGAGGUAGACGCCCGAACCGCCAAGCCCAAGCGGCACUCACAUUUAUUCUUACGACCAUUCCCGAUUCCCUCGUCACAACUACUUCCAACAACAGUCACCUGCCGCCAUGUCUUUUCGCGGCGACGACCAGCGAAGAUAUGGCCAUGUGCCACCUGUGCAGUAUCCGGUUGCCGGCCGCGGCCAAGAGUACCAGCAACAGCAGCAGCAGCAACAACAGCCGCACUCAUCCUACGACGAUAUUGGACGCCGAGCUAGCUUCAACGGCGGAGACGACGCUGCUUAUAUUCAACCACCCAUCAACCGAUCUCCUGCCUUUGGCGGCUCUGGAGAGGAUGAGCUCUUCAUGAACAACAAUGCGGCGGCCCGGCCAGGCUACGGUUCCACGAACAACGCGCUGUCGGGCUACCAGCACCAGUACCAAGAUGUACCCCCCACGCCGACAUACUCAUACAAUCCUCAAAGUUUUGCGCAAACUUCAGGCUUCUCGCGGUCGACAUCCACCAAUGCUCUACCAUACCGCAACCAGCAUCAGCCUCAGCCCCCCUCGCGUUAUGCUUCGAAUGCCAGCUCCUACACACCGCAGGCUUACGACCCUUCUGCUUAUGCAAGCACCAAUGUCCCACAACGACAAGCUUCUUACCAAGGAUACAAUACAUAUGGCCAGUCAUAUGGCUCGCAAACAUCCCCUGGCUUCAAUCAAUCUACAGGAAGUUAUCCGCAAUCGGCGGCCUCUCCUGCUUUAUCAUCCGGGUUUGAGCAGCCGUUGCGGAGCCCCUCACUCAAUGCCUCGCCUGGCGCAGCACAGACCUCGGCAUAUGACCAGUCUUAUAGCCAAUACCCAGGUCAAUUGUCUAAUGGGGGAGGAUCUUUCUCGAGUGCUUCGCAGCCUCCAUAUCCUACCGCGACGCAAAUGCCAGUCGGGCCAUAUUACUCCCCGAAUGAGCAUAAUUCACUCUAUAAUAGAGGAUCCCGUUCAAAUUCACAGGCCUCGCCUAUGGGAUCACCCGCGAACCCUGGAUCAGCAUCACCCGGACUGCAACGGCACCCGACGAAUGCACCUUUGCCAAGUCGUCCUGUCGACGAUGAGCUCACCUGGAGUGCCGGACAUGAGCGCAUUACGAGUGACAACCUUAUGCAAGAGUUGGAGCUAGAAUUGGGCGGUUCUGGACAAGGCUACCGUCCCCUUCCUGAGCCUGAGAAUGGUCAUUAUGAUGACGAUCUUCAUGGCCAGCGAUUGCAACGUUUUGACUCAGGUGCCACUACAAUUCCUAACAAUGCCAGCCGAACGACAUCGACGCGAACUGGUCAGACCGCUUACGAGCCUGAAGAAGAAGACGAUGACGCAUAUGGAGAGGCUGGUCUGAUGGCUAUGCGGCAGGCUGAGCUUGAUGAACAGCGCUUCAGUACCGGCUUCGGAUAUACAGACAUGCCUGCUAUGCCAGAACCCUCUCCAGAGCCCGCUCCUAUCAACUCUUUGUCAACGAAGACGUUACAUACUCACCCCGAAGAGCAAGGCCACAGCAGCGACAGUGAUUUUGCUGGUGUAGACUUGGGAAUGCUAGGAGGUGGAUUUGGUGGUACUUUGACAUACGGCGGGGAUGUUGGAUCUCCACCCGCCUCAUCCGGCCAAGAUACUGGUCGACCCCUGCCCACGCCAGGCUAUUUCAACCGUGCAUAUGAUCAAGGGGAAAGUGUGCCUGCUUUCAAGACGGCAGAAAUAGACUACGGUGGUACAGGAGGCUUGCAGCCCCCAACACAACAUCGGCUAAGCUUCGACGAGGAGGAUGAACGAGUAUCACUGCGGUCUCGACAGAGUGGAACAGAGUCCCCUAGUAAGGAUGAACUGCAAGAUCUGUUCUACCACCCGGGACUAUCAAAUCGACCCCUCCCAGCUAUCCCAGGGCCGGGAUCUGAUAGCAGCUCGAUGCUCUCAGUUCAGACCAAUAACCGACAGCAAUACCAACACGCAUACUCGCGUAGUACCGAUUCGCGAUUCGGUGCGCCGGAUAACCCUGAAGCUUACUAUACGGGCAAUCAAGCUUACAACCUGCAACCCGAACGAUCCAUCUCUUUGGCUGGUCAUAGCCAUACACCUCAGGUGCAAACACCUGCUCGAUCUAGGACUGAUGCUGCCGAGGAAAGAAGGAAGCUCGCUAGGCACGGCCAUCAGCAAGCGCCAUCGAACCAAUCUUUCCCAGAAUACGAGACUCCUGCUGGCUCGAUAGCGGCCUUCGAUGGAAUCACACUACCAAGCGGUCGAAAGAAGAAGUUCAUUCCUUCCAAGCUUAAUGCGUCUGAUUUCCGCAGAUGCACUGAGCCAUGGGCGCUCAGCGGUCUUGAAACUUGGAUUCGUGAGAUGGGAGAAGGCGAGAUGGAUCUAAGGACCAAGACGAUCGAGGAGGCUUUGAUCAACCUCUUCACUGGCAAGAUCCCCAUGAUGAAUGUGGCAGAUGCCGAAGUUCUUAGUACACAUGUAGUAUCCUUGAUGCUAGAACGAGGUGUGCUUGUGCCUGAUGAAGAAUGGGUCAAAUUUGGAAACGGCCGCAUCUCUGGAGUUUUGUGGCAAUUGACCGGCUCUGGAUGCUAUGCUCCCAAGGUCCACGACGAAGAGAUUGGUGGCCGGUGCUACUCUCAUCAUUGUACUCGUACUCUCAAGAAGGUUGACUUGGAGGAGCUCGCCCAGGACUCUCAACCUGCAGACGAGUGGCACGUCUUUUAUGGUCUUACCAAGGCCGACUGGGAAUCAAAGCCCAAGAAGGAGGUCGAGCGUCAGAACAUUUUACACGAAAUUGUUACUGGCGAGGAAAACUACAUCAAGCAGUUGGAUAUCUUCCGCAGGUAUUACAGGGAUCAGCUUCGGGCCAUGCAACCCCCUAUUCUGAAGCCCGAGAAACGAGACAAGUUUUUGCAUACGGUGUUUGGAAAGCUUGACCAGGUCCAGGCAAUCAACAAGGACCAUCUUUUGUCGCAGCUCAAGUAUCGACAACAAGAGCAGGGUCCUUGGAUCAUUGGCUUCAGUGAUUUGUUUCGAGAAUGGAUUCGCAAGGCCAAAUCAGUAUAUAUCGAGUAUGCUUCGGCUUACCCCAACGCAGUCUAUCAGGUUCGAAGGGAGGCCGAUCGCAAUAUUCUCUUCAAGCGAUUCUUGGACGACAUGCAGAAGCAAAAGGUCUCUUCGAAGCAAGAUUGGACACAUUACUUGAUCGCGCCUAUUCAGCGCCUUCAGCGUUACUCCCUUCUACUCGACAGUGUCGAGAAAAAGAUGCCAACCGACAGCGAGGAAAAGACGAACUUGGCCAAGGCCAUCGCGGAAAUCCGACAAGUCACUCUCGAGUCUGAUACCAAGGUCGAGGAACAAAACAAGAGAGUCCAAAUGAUGGAGCUGAACAGAAUGCUCGUGCUGCGGCCAGGUUUCCAUUCUGUUUUGAAUCUCGACCAUCUUGGCCGUGAGUUGAUCUUCCAAGGUGACCUACAAAGAAUGGGAUCAAAGGGAGUUAGAUGGGUUGACACACAUGCUUUGCUAUUCGACCACUACAUGAUCCUGGCGAAGACGGUGACUCCUAAGGAGGGCAAGGACAAGAAGUAUGAUGUUUCCAAGGAGCCCAUCCCCAUGCCUCUCCUGUUUCCUGAGAGCAUCAACGACGAACCAGUUCAGAAGCAAAAGGGUAUCACUGCACCAUUGGGAAGAACUACGGCAGCGGCCGCCUCCAGCACUCAACUUAACAAGGUCAGUAGCAACACUGGUAGACCUGGUCUGGAGCACGCAGCGACAAACUCGUCUAUUGGCUCUGGUCUUACACCAACCGGCUCGAACGACACUGAAGGAAAGAUCCUGUACCCAUUCAAGGUCAAGCAUCUUGGUCACGAGGUUUAUACUCUGUAUGCAUCGUCAGCCAAGGACCGUGCCGACUGGUGUAACAUGAUUAUCGAAACCAAGACAAGGCACGCCAAGGCACUCUUCUCUCAAAAUGCUGAGCCAUUCAGGCUGCGGGUUCUCGCGGAUGCAGCUUUCCACUACGACACCGCCUCCAUGUACGCAAGGUUCCCGAGUGUUGCAGUCAAGGGCACUCCUCUUGACCGGGCAAUUCACGAGUUGGAGAGCGUGCUGGGACCGGCUCAGGGCGUCGCCCCCGUGUGCCGUGCUCAGGUCAACUGCGCUACCAGCUUCACUGCCUUUGGCAAGUCUGUCAUUGCAAUUGGAACUGAUUACGGAGUUUAUAUCUCGGAGCCAUCAAAUCCUCGCGGAUGGCAGAGGGUAUGUGACCCCCUAUUCUUCAAUCUGAUAUAGCUAACAUUUUCACCACAGACGGUCCAAGCAACUCGCGUCACUCAAAUUGCUGUCCUUGAGGAAUUCUCUGUCUGUGUGCUCAUUGCCGACAAGAACCUCAUUUCAUAUCCUCUAGAUGUGAUCGCUCCAGUAUCUGACUUUUCGGCCCCUCUCAACGAUAACCCUCGACGGGCACCACAGAGACUUGCCAAGGAUGUAACCUACUUCGCCACAGCCAAGAUGAAGGAUAGGAUGCUCCUGUUCUAUAAACGAAAAGAAGGUCUGCACACAUCAUUCAAGGUUCUCGAACCUAUCUUCCAGAAAUCUACGGAGAAGAAGUCUCGACUCUUUGGUGGACGAAAGACUGGCGGAGGAGGAUGCGCGGAGACAUUCCGCGACUUUGACGAAUUCUUCUUCCCAACUGAGUGCUAUUCCCUCAGUCUGUUCCAAACAUAUAUUGCAGUGGCGACAGCGAAGGGAGUCGAGAUGCUCACCCUGGAUAAGAAGCAGCCUAUGUCUAUUCCCGACCUUAAAGCACCUGCAAUUGCCAACAUUGCCAGCCGCAUCCGAGAUCAGAAGCCGCUCGGCAUGUUCAGGCUGAACGAGAACGAAUUCAUCGUGACAUAUGAGGACUGCGCCGUAUACGUGGACAAACACGGUGAUGUCAGCCGCACCCUGAUCAUGGAGUACACGGGCAAACAGAAGAAGGCCCGUGGUGCGACCAUGUAUGGACAGUAUCUACUCCUCUUCAACGAGGACUAUGUUGAGGUGCGCAACGCGGAGAACGGACGAUUGCGCCAAAUUAUCGCCGGUCGGGACGUGCGCGUGCUAGAUCUCGGCGUCCGUGGACCGACUGGCCGAAGCACAUUGAAUCCGCAGUCACACAGUAACGGAUAUAUGCAGUCGACAAGCGCGGGUAGCGAAGGGUCAAAGGGCACCGUCAAGAUUGCCAUGGCCCAUCCGGAGCUCCCAGGUCGACAGAUCGUUUUGGAGAUGCUUUUGAACGACGGACACACGGAGAAAUGAGAGGAAGCGAACGAUUGAUAAUGGUUACGAUGAUGAGCAUCUCUGGAGACUACCCACCCGGCGUGGGUACAAGAUCUUGAAAUAUGAAUGACUUGAGAUCAUGAGAUGAACAAUCAAAUUGAUGGGCCGUUUUAGAAGAAAUGGGGCUAUCUAUGGCGAAGGGAAAUAUUUGUGGCAGGGCGUUCAUAGGUGGUGUGUAAGAAGUUGCCCGUGUUAUGAAUGCCAUCAUGAAUGAUACCUAAAGAACAAUUUAGAGAGAUAUCUAUAGUGGAUUUGGAUUAUAAUGACAAUGGAAGUCACUGGCUGUUGCAUAGCUGGUAUGAUAUACCUACCUCUAUAACCACUAUAUCGUUGAUAUUCACACAAAUUACGAGAUGCAAGCCAUGUCUUGUACAUGUUUAUUUGUUGAACCCAACCCAUCCUCAG